CUUUUUCAGUGGAGAGGAUGGAGGAAAGGGGGAAUUAGUGGCUCCUCUUCAGUCGCUCUUCGCACAGCGUCUUGAUAAUCAGAGAGCGCAUCCUCAGCAGAGAUUUUUCAUGGGAACAAAACGGCUUAAAAUGACCCGGGGAGUGAUCACUGAUCUGCUGCACAAGGCUUGAAUCCACCGAGAAACCCCAUGGAGCAGGAUGUGGAGAGCCCAAUAAUCAGAAAGCCCAAGUUGCCAAAGCAGGCUCGAGAGGACCUGCCUAAACAGCUGGCAGAAGUCGACCGAGCGAAAAAGAUCCAGCGGUAUGUCCAGAAGGAUGGAAAGUGCAACGUCCAUCACGGAAACGUUCGAGAGACGUACCGCUAUCUGACAGACAUUUUUACCACACUGGUAGAUCUCAAAUGGAGGUUUAAUCUCUUCAUCUUUGUGUUGGUAUACACGGUGACAUGGCUCUUCUUUGGCUUCAUGUGGUGGCUUAUUGCCUACCUCCGGGGUGAUCUGGACCAUAUAGCAGACAACCAGUGGACUCCGUGUGUCAAUAACCUGAACGGGUUUGUAUCAGCGUUUCUGUUCUCCAUUGAAACAGAGACCACCAUUGGUUAUGGAUAUAGAGUUAUCACGGACAAAUGCCCCGAGGGAAUAGUUCUGCUUUUAGUUCAGUCAGUGCUGGGAUCUAUCGUGAAUGCCUUCAUGGUGGGUUGCAUGUUUGUUAAGAUCUCGCAGCCCAAGAAACGAGCUGAGACACUAGUGUUUUCCACCAAUGCGGUCAUCUCCAUGAGAGAUGGACGGCUGUGCCUGAUGUUCAGAGUUGGAGACCUCCGAAACUCGCACAUCGUUGAGGCUUCAAUCAGGGCCAAGCUUAUCAAGUCUAAGCAGACCAAGGAGGGGGAGUUCAUCCCUUUGAACCAGACAGAUAUAAACGUGGGUUACAACACAGGAGACGACAGGCUCUUUCUGGUAUCGCCGCUCAUCAUCUGCCACGAGAUCAACCAGAACAGCCCCUUCUGGGAGAUCUCACAGGCCCACCUGGCCAAGGAAGAGCUGGAAAUUGUUGUGAUCCUGGAGGGGAUGGUGGAGGCCACAGGUAUGACUUGCCAGGCAAGGAGCUCCUACGUCAGCAGUGAGAUUAAGUGGGGCUACCGCUUCACACCCGUCCUGACGCUGGAGGACGGCUUCUAUGAGGUGGACUACAACAGCUUCCACGAUAUCUACGAAACUGACACACCCACUUGCAGUGCCAAAGAACUCGCUGAUAUGGCCAACCGUGCCCGCCUACCCCUAACUUGGUCGCUGGCUAGUAAGCUGAGCCAGCAGGGGCUGCCAGAGUCUGAGCAGGAGGGUCAGGAGACCAAAACCACCCUGGACGACCAGGGGAAGACCGAGAAGACCGAGAGGAACGGGGACAUUGCCAACUUAGAGAGUGAGUCCAAAGUGUAGCGAGUGUAACAGGAGGCGUGAGGUUGAAAUGAGAUUAAUGGACCUGUACUGUAGGUCUCCCGCUGAGGUAGACCACCUUAAGGCGGAUCAUUGAGCACAGUAGACCAAGUAUCCCUGCACCACGAACCGCUUUUUCUCAGUGAUUCACAUUUACCCCAAAAACAAGAAAACACGUAGACAUGUGGCCCACCGCUGAACUGAAAACCCUCUGCGGCAAGUGCAUGUUUCAAAUAUAAUGUGAUGUCCUCCUGACAAGAUUCCUAUUAUUUUUUCUAUUAAGAUAUUCCUAGGGGCAUUUGCUAAGUAUUUUUGUAUAUACUACGAAAUGUUUUGAAUUCUCUGUUUUGUUGCAGUGUGAAUAUUUGACACGUUUGAUACUACUUCCUUUAGGUUAGUUCUGUAUACAUUCUCUGCCUUACUGUAUGUAUAAAGCUUUCAUUAUUUGUUUUUUCAGGAAUAUAUAAGCAUGUAUAAACAUUAUCUGCAGUUCAUUUAUCUUGUAUUCUGUAUAUACUGUAUAAUUAUAUUAUUAUUAUUAUUAUAAGGAAAACAUACAGUUCAAUGGAUGCAAACUCUAGUUUAAACCAAUGACAAAUUCUUCCCCAGAUGAUGAGUGUUUGUUGAAAGUAGUACUACACGAAGCCAUGACUUGCUGUUUACAGCUGACUGACUUCAGACAAUGGCCCUUUAAAAACUGCAUUUUGUCACUUUUGCACACUGGAGUCUAGGCUAGUGGUUGUUUGACUCUCCAGAAAUCCUUCAC